AUGUCCUCGGCAUCGAGGAACUCCUACCUGCACCGCCGCAACGACAGCAAUAGGGGUAACACUCUUAAGCGGGCUCCUUCGAGGUCCCAAACACACGUCAUCAGCCAUGACGACGCCUACAGCUUCGCCCUCCGCAUUGCCUACCUGAACUACCUCCUGCAGCCCAAGACGAAGCGGAAACAAUGGGUUGCCGCGCCCAAGCCCAUACACAAGGCGGGGCAGCGUUCCCACACCGCCGUCGGCGAGCUCAUCGGCCAACUCAGCUCCCCUUCAGGCUCGUCUAAGAUAACCAUGCCCCACGGUUUCCGAAGCUCUCUCGAAAAGAGGCUCAGCCAGGUCGUCCAAGGCAGCUACCCAGUUCCCGGCUACAACGAUGCAGCGGUCAAGAGGAGCUUCGCGCGAGCGUACACUGCUUUCACCGAGAAGGCCUUCCAAAAGAGAGCCGAUGACGAAAGAAAGAUCGAUCCCUAUAUUCUCAUGUUCUACUCCUCUGCCACCAAGGCGGCCAAUGCGACCGCUGUGCAGGCCAACUCCUCGGAAGACCAUGUCAAGAUGCUGCCCGACCGCCAUCUGGCCUUGUUUGUGCGCCUCGUAUCGCACAUGCUGCGGGACCAGGGCGUUGACCGUGACCGGCCAGAGCUGAUGAAGAGACUCGAUAGCUUGGAGAAGAAGCUACUAACACAUGACCAAAACCUUGCCGAUGUCAAUAAUCAAAACGAAACAAAGAUGAUUGAGGUUAUCGUGCCCUUGAGCUACGACGUGAAAGACAUGCCUUUGGUUCUCUUGAUCCAGCGGGUUUUCGGGCGUACCAAGACUGAUGUGCAGUCAGACAUUGAUGCUCAUCGGCAUGCGUGGACGGAAGAAGCGGCACUGAAGGACAUCAAGGCGUAUCAGCACCGGCUCGCCUCGAAUGCGCCGGGAUCAUUGCGGAAACAUGACUUCGACACUGACGAGGCCUACGAAGAGUGGAAGAAGGCCGAGGCCACUCAUCUCUCGGAGAUUUUAUUCAAGAUUACGACUGCAAAGCCGGAGCUGCUCAAAACUUCAUCAUCGAGCCUCGACAAGCCGCUUCCCGGAAGACCCAUGUCGCUAUACGGCGAGGACCAAGCGUACAGUGACCUCAGCCGGGCACUGUCGAACCCGGAUUCGGCCACCUAUGGAUCUGACCCUUCUUCCAUGAUCAGCUUGAGCUCUCUUUCACUGGAAGAUGCGCCUGGUGGAACGCAGACGGUGGAAGAGCCAGCUUACACCUUUAUUCCUCCCAGCCCGAGGUCCUUCUACAAAGCGUUCCUGCAGUAUUGUAUGACGUACGAUCAUCUACAUUCUGACCCUGCUCUGCCGUACGCGCCAUUAUCGCCUCAGAGCAUCGACCUUUUGAUAGAGCUUUCCGUGUUCUGGCGACUUCCACAAUUCACUAGGCUGAUCGUUGUCAUCGAAGUCGCGUCGAAGAGGUUUCUUGAUGGUGAGAUUGACAUUGAUCAACUCGCAGAAACACUAGAAAUUGUCAAGGAGACAGCUUCAGAUCACCGCAAAGCACCCGCAUUGCAGCAUUAUCCGGCUGAUCAACUCAGCGAUUUCUCCAAGCAAGUGACUGAGGCUCUCCGCCAGUCAGCCCGGGACCUGUAUCAUGAGAUCGUGCAGACCAAGCUUCCUGAAGAUGCUGAAUCGUGGCAGUUCUCCCAUGUGAUCGAAAUGGGCAAGUUGGUCGUCCAGCGCGUGGCCAAGAUGCAGAAGCGCUACCGAAGCAUGUCCGAGAUCAAGGGCGUGACGCCGCUGCCUAUCCUGGUCCAGACAAUGCUUCCGAUAUUCGAGCAGGAUGCCGAGCACAUUAUCGGCAAGGCCAUCCAAACUGCUCAAGCGGCUGGCUGCGAGCUCGACAUUGACGAUGGGUUCGAUCUCUACAGGGAGCUGAUCAAACUGCGUGAAAGCCACUACAAGUACCUCCCCGGUGUUGAGUUCCACUUCGACAUUGAAGGGCUCCUGCAGGAGUUCGUCUGGAGGUGGAUCCGCGAAGCAGAAUCUAGAAUGGAGGCCGGUGUCAUCAAUGCCAUUAAACUGGACGACUUCCGGGCUCUAGGCGACGACGGCGAGCGUCUGCCUUCUGACGCAGAGCGACACAGCGCUAGCAUAGCCGAUUUGUUCCAGUUCUUUUCGGCGCCGGUGACACAGAUCGAUCAGCUCGAAUGGAGAAACGAAGAGCACCACGCUCGCUUCAUGACGGCGCUUGCGCACAUAUUCGCCACCGGCAUCGAGAAGUACUGCGAGGAGGUCGGACGGAUAUUCGCGGCCGACAUGGAGCGACUGACACCGCAGGAGGAAGCCAUGGCGUCGAGGACGACGCAGGAAAGAUUCAUGCAAUACGCCAAGGAAGCAUGGAACAACAAGGAGAAGCCGGAGCCCUACAACUUCAGUUCAAAGGCGUUCGUCAUGCUCAAUAAUAUCGAGUUUGCGAAACAAAAACUCGACAAAUUGGAACAUACGAUGAACGUGGACCGAUGCGCAGAAAUCGUCCGUGUUAUUGACGGGCCGAAGCAGCAGACUCGUCGGCCAAACAAAUACAACUUUACGGUGAAGAUUGUCGAGGCCGAGGAUCUCAAGGCCUGCGAUCCAAACGGCUUCAGCGACCCCUAUGUGGUCCUGGUGGACGAGCGCCAGAAGCGCCUCCACAAGACUAGGGUCGUUCGAAAGAGCCUGAAUCCUCGGUGGGACGAGUCCAGGGACAUUACCGUCACCGCGCCCAUCACCAUUAUUGCCACGGUCUGGGACGAUGACAUGUUUGGGGAUCACGACUUUGUGGGACGGACGUCAUUUAAGUUGGACCCCGUUCACUUCAGCGACUACAUUCCCCGCGAGAUCUGGCUCGAUCUCGACACCCAGGGCAGGAUACUGGUCAAGAUUAGCAUGGAAGGAGAGCGCGACGACAUUGAGUUUCAGUUUGGCAAGGCGUUCAGGGACCUCAAGCGCACAGAACAGAUCAUGGUCCGCAAGAUCACUGAAAAGCUUCGGGACCAGAUCAACACAAGCCUCUCGCAUGAGACCUUGCGGCGUCUGCUGGGCGGCGCAGGGAUUGGUGCUCAAGUCACAAGCCUGUGGAAGAAGAGGACAUCCGUCAUGCCGACAGUGCCGUCCAAGGCGGUCAUUGACGAGUCGCUUGAUCCUCUGAUGGAUUACUUCCACGCCAACUUCACCAUUAUGAACCAGACGCUGACAAACGACACGAUGCGCUCGGUCAUGCUGCGGCUGUGGAAGGAAGUCCUCCUGGCGGUCGAGGCGCUCCUGGUCCCGCCGCUCUCCGACAAGCCCUCCGAGCAGCGGCCGCUCAGCCGCUUCGAGGUCGACAUUGUCUACGGCUGGCUGCGCCAGCUCCUCUCCUUCUUCAACGCCAAGGACGAGGAGGGCAACGAGCUCGGCGUGCCGGAGAACGACCUGCGCUCGCCCAAGUGGCACGAACUCGCGUCCCUCAACUUUUUCUACUUUGAGGACACGGCGACGCUCGUCCGCGAGUCGGAGCGCAUGGCCGCGUCGAACGCGCAAAAGGCCGCCAACUACCUCAAGGAGCGGUCGCGCCAGAAGGAGCGCCAGUCAGCGCGCACCGCCGCCAUGAUGAUUGUCAACAAUAGCGUCUCGCAGGGCUGGGCGCUGGCGGGGCCGGCGGCGCCCCGUACACGAGGAACAAUUUGCCUCGGCGGUGAGCACAGGCGAGCGAGCGAGUGA